AUGACACAAAAGAUGUUUUAUAUGGCGCCUAUAUUAAACGUACCAAGAUCAAUUCGUGAAGAUGAUACAAAUCGUUAUUAUGAACAAGAACAUGUCAAACACAAAGAAAAACAAAAUGAAGAAGAAGAUGAUGACCUUAUAUUUGGAGCAUUAGAUGAUGAAAGUUCUUCAAAAGAAAAACUUGAUGAAAUAUCUCCAUCAACUGAUGAAGGUAUUCAUCUUCCUGCUGAUGGUGAACGAACUAAAAAACGUGAACGUGCACCUUCAUCAAUAAGUACUGCUGAUGAUGAAUGGGAACAUAUGUUGUCUAUAACGGAUGGUGAUGGGCCAUUUAAUUUUGUUAAUCAUCUUCAAUCAAUUAGUGAAAAACGUACAAAUGAAUUAACUGUUGGUAUGUCUAAUUUUCGUGCUAAACAUCGUUUACGUCAUCGUUCAAAAGCGAGUACUCUUGUUCGUUGGAGAGAUGCAGUCAAAAGAGUUGUUCAACUUAAAGAUCCAUGGCAGGAUUUUAAAAUUGAUCGUUAUCCAGAAGAAAUCGUUACACGUCAUGAAUUUGAUCCAAUUAAACGUACAUGGCAUGAAAGUCAAAUUACAGUUAAAAUUGAAUCAAAACCAUUUGCACAUGGUAGUAUGAGAGAAUGUUUUCGAUUAAAAAAACUCUCAGUUUUUUCAACUCAUCAAGAUUGGGAUCAUUCAAGUAAUUAUAUCGCUAAACGAUAUACUGAUAAUGUACCAGUGGAACGAUAUUUUGAUGAUGUUAUGAUGCAAAUGACAACAAAAUUAUGGGCAACACAUUAUAAUCAACAUAAUCCACCGAAAAAAGUUGAUAUUGUUCAAAUGAGUGUAUUAGAAUUUAAAGAUCGUGCUGGUCGGCCUUAUUAUCAUUUAGAACGAUUUAUUGAUGGAAAUUAUAUAAAAUAUAAUUCAAAUAGUGGUUUUGUAUGUGAUGAUACUCUACGCCAUACGCCACAGGCAUUUAGUCAUUUUACUUUUGAAGCAUCUUGUCAUGAACAGAUUGUUGUUGAUAUUCAAGGUGUUGGUGAUUUAUAUACUGAUCCACAAAUUCAUACAAGUCUUGGUUUUGAAUAUGGCGAAGGUAAUCUUGGUAUUCGUGGUAUGGCAUUAUUUUUUUCUACGCAUGAAUGUAAUCCAAUAUGUGCACGUCUUAAUUUAACAUCAUUUGAUUUAUCACCUGGUGAACGUGAUCGUCAUAUACAACAACAUGCAUCAAGUCCAUCCUAUGCAUCAAAUCUUCCAGCUCAAACAGCAUGUCGUGGUUCUGAAGAACCAUUAAAUGGUCUUUCAAAAUUUGGUUCAUUAUUUCGACGACUUCGUUCACAAUCGUCAAUAUCAGAAGAUGAAUCAGACGGUUAUGUUUCUGAAACAUCAUCGAUUACAGCUGCUACUGCUCACACACUUGAUCAUAGUUUAUCAUUACCACAACCUGCAUUAUUUAUGACGACACAUAGUGAUGAAAAUUUGCCAUUAUCAUCAUCAAUGAAAAAAACCAGAUUACCAUUAUUAUCAACAUCAGCUAGUUUGAAUAGUCCAUCACCUGAUUUCAACUUUAACAUCGAAGAUAUUUAUAAUGCUCAAACCCCAAGUAGUUAUGGAAAUAAUCAUCGUCCUUCAUCGGUUAUGCUUGAAAAAGCUGAACUACAAAAAUUCAAAGAAAUAUCUGCUUGCUAUGAAAAAUAUGAAAGUAUUCUUGGACAGAUUCAUCUGGAAAUGUGUAAAUAUUAUCAAGUUGGUCGAUUUAGUGAAUUAGGUUCCGAAGACUUUGAUGAAGAAUCGGCAUUAUAUCAUUUAGAACUAGCAGCUGAAUUAUGUGUUAAAGAAGCUAUAUUUACAUUAGCAAAAAUUUAUUUAGAUUUACCACGUGAUCUUUUAUCACAUUAUCGUUUAACAGAUCAAGCUCAUCGAGUCACUAAAGGUUUAAAUUUGAUGAUUCGUGCUAGUGAACUACAUGAAACAGAAGCAAAUCUUUAUAUAGCACAAUUCUUUGAUCAUGGUAUUGAGGGAUCAUUAGAAAAAGAUUGGAAACAAGCAGCUGAAUAUUAUGAAAACUAUAUUCGUAUACGUGAAAAUGAAUCGAAUAAUUUAGAUGAAGAUAGUGGGACUAAUGAACCAGAUCAAAUUCAUUCAACUGAUAAUGGAAUUCCAUUUCAUGAUCAUCAUGAAACUGUUGCUCGUUUAGCUACUUUAUAUAAAACAGGUGGACAUAAUUUAGUAUGCAAUUAUCAAAAAGCUGGUGAUUUAUUUAAUAAGGCAGCAGAAAUGGCAACUGCGGCAAUGAAAGGGCGUCUUGCUAAUAAAUAUUACAUGUCAGCUGAAGAAGCUUAUGCAUUAGAACCGGAUGAUGAAGAAGGUGAAGGCAAUUAA